AUGGCUGAAGUCCCGGAGGAUUAUGAUUCCGGCCCAGAUGAAGAUGGAGAGCCGGAGCCUGAGAGACCUGAACUGCCUGGACUUCAGAAAUUGUAUGAAAAUGCCGAACCAGAAACCAUGGCAGAGGUAGGCCCGGAGCUACCAGCAGAGAUUUACCAAGAGUCACAGCAAGAGACCGAGGAAGAGAACUUUAAAGAGGAGGAGCCCGAGAGUGCUAAGAACGUGCAGCUGAAACCUAGCGGGACGUCGGAGGAAGGAAUUGCCAAGGAGUCCAAGAGAGAAGUACCAAGCGAAACUGAACCAGGGAUUCCCCAAGAGGUAAAGUCAGAGACGUCCAGAGAGAUGAGGGGAGAGUUUUUCAAAGAUUUGGAGGCCCCUAUGCAUGAAAAUCAUGAAGAGUCAGACCUAGAGCCACCAGAAGAGGCUAACCCAAAUGCUACAGAGAAUGUGUUCCUAAGGUCAGCUAUGGAAACAGAUCCAGUGCCAUCAACGGAAACCAUGUCUGAGGUUUCAGGGGCCACAGUCAGAGAGACAAAUUUGGAGUUACUAGAGGAGGAGACUGAACCCGGGGUUCCAGAGGAAUCGUUUAGAUUGCAACAUGAAGAGACAGUUCUAGAGCGUCCAGAGCAGACCAAACUAGAUUUUCCAAAUGAGAAACCAGGAGAAUCACUUGAAGAAAUAGAUCUUCAGCUACCAAAGAUGACCAAACCAGAGAUUCCAGAGGAGACACAAAUAAAGUCAACUGAGAAGAAAAGGACAGAGCCAUCCAAGCAGGCUACACCAGAAUUUCCAGAGAAGAAACCAAGAAAGUCUAGUGAGGAGGCAGAUCUAGAGCCUCCACAAGAGACUCAACCAGAGGUUCCAGAAGAGAUGCAAAGAAAAGCAACUGAGGAGAAAGGGACAGAACUACCCAAGCAGACUAAACUAGACUUUCCAGACCACAAAUCAAGAAAAUCUACUGAUGAGAAAGUUCCUGAGCCACUAGAAGAGAUCAAAUUAGAAUUUCCUGGGGAAAAUUCAAGAAAACCAGGUGAGGAAACAAUUCUAGAACAAUCAGAAAUGAUGGAACCAGAAGGUCCGGAAGAGAUGAGAAAGUCAAAUAAGGAAAAAAAUCCACAGCCACCAGAGGAGACUGGUCUAGUGCUGCCACAGAUCAACCCAGAAGUUGAAGAGAAAACACAAAUCAAGCCAACUGAGGAGAAGAAUCUAGAGUUACCAGAUGAAGCCAAACCAAGAGAGACACAUGUAGAAUUUUCCAAGGAAGACAGUCCAGAACCAAUCAAGUCUAAGUAUUCUGUAGAAAAGGCUGAGCUAGAGCACCGUGAGCAUAAAAGAGGAAAGUUGUCACUAAGUGAUGAAUUUAAAAAAGAAUAUGACUCAUUAGGAUCUGCCAGAGAAGAAUCCAUUGGUAAACAUUAUGAGUUUUCACAACAACGCCAAACAUUGCUUGAUGUCAGUGAAGAAUGCUCACACUCACAUCCCUCAGAGUCUCAGACAGAAUCAAGUGAGUUUGUUAGUGAAAAGAAAGUCGUAGAUUUUUCCCAAGAGUUAAAGGAACUGGUUUCUGAAGAUGAAGAAACCCAGCCAGAAAAAAGGACUGACUUACAAUUUGAGUAUCUUAAUUGGGAUCCUGAGAAAGUUGCAGAGUGGAUUAGCCAGCUAGGCUUCCCUCAAUACAAGGAGUGUUUUACCACAAACUUCAUCAGUGGCCGAAAACUCAUCCACGUGAACUGCUCAAACCUCCCUCAGAUAGGGAUAACGAACUUUGAGGACAUGAAGGCAAUUUCUCAGCAUACACGGGAGCUCCUGGAAAUCGAAGAGCCAUUAUUCAAACGCUCCAUCAGCCUUCCCUAUAGGGAUAUUAUUGGCUUGUAUUUAGAGCAAAAAGGUCAUACUGGGAUAAAAUCUGAUUCUUUGACUUUAUCUGAAUUUGUCAAAGCAACAGGAUUACAGGAUUAUGCUCCAGAAAUAACUGCCCCUGAAGAGGAAGAGGAAUUACCUUACAUUGAACCAUAGCAGGAAACCGCUUCACAUAGCUUGAAAGAUCAAACUAAAUUACUUGAGGGAAGAGGUAUGGCCUUUUUUGGUUUUUCUUUUUCUGCUUUUUUUUUUUUCUUGAGAUGGAGUCUCACUCUGUUGCCCAGGCUAGAGUGUAAUAGCAUGAUCUCAACUCACUGCAACCUCUGCCUCCCGGGUUCAAGCAAUUCUCCUGCCUCAACCUCUGGAAGAGCUGGGAUUACAGGCACUCACCACCAUGCCCAGCUAAUUUUUGUAUUUUUAGUAGAGAUGAGAUUUCACCAUGUUAGCCAGGCUGGUCUUGAACUCCUGAUCUCAGCUAAUCCACUCGCCUCAGCCUCUCAAAGUGCUGAGAUUACAGGCAUGGGCCACUGCACCCGGCCCCUUUUUCUCCUUUUCAUUAAGGAUCAGAGUUAGAACUGCUGGCUCCAUUCCUAGUUGUGUCUCUGACUUAGGCACCUUCCCUUCGUUUUUCAAUUUAACCCCUUGUUAAAACAAAGAUAGUAAUGCUUAUCUUUCUGGGUAAUUAUAAGAAUUCCUGGCCAGGCGCGGUGGCUCAAGCCUGUAAUCCCAGCACUUUGGGAGGCCGAGGCGGGUGGAUCACGAGGUCAAGAGAUCGAGACCAUCCUGGUCAACAUGGUGAAACCCCGUCUCUACUAAAAAUACAAAAAAUUAGCUGGGCAUGGUGGCACAUGCCUGUAAUCCCGGCUACUCAGGAGGCUGAGGCAGGAGAAUUGCCUGAACCCGGGAGGCGGAGGUUGCAGUGAGCCGAGAUCGCGCCAUUGCACUCCAGCCUGGGUAACAAGAGCGAAAUUCCGUCUCAAAAAAAAAAAAAGAAUUCCUGAGCCGGGCAAAGUGGCUCACACCUAUAAUUCUAGCAAUUUGGGAGGCUGGGACGGGCAUAUCACCUGAGGUCAGGAGUUCAAGACCAGCCUGGCCAACAAGGCGAAACCCCGUCUCUACUAAAAAAUACAAAAAUUAGCUGAGCAUGGUGGCACAUGCCUGUAGUCCCAGCUACUCAAGAGGCUGAGGCAGAAGAAUCACUUGAACCUGGAAGGCUACUGUACACCAGCCAGGGAGACAGAGCAAGAUACUGUGUCAAACAAACAAAACAAAAUUCCUGGAAAAUUCUACGAAUGCACCUGGUAGUAGGAACAUGUUGGGGAAAUAUAAUUAAAAAUAAAAUCGCCUACCAACUCCAGAGAAAUAAUUCUCUCCACAAAUGCAGAAAAGAAACGAUUGUUAUUCUUGAAUAAGCAUUAAACUAUGAUGCAUGUCACCAGCAAGCUGCUGAAGAGAUUGCAAAGACAAAUCUCACCCUUUUAGAUGGCAGGGCAGAUAUAAUCCAUGACAUACAUGUUAAUUAUCUGUAUCCAAAAGAAAAAUAAAUCUUCUGUCCUGACAACAAACAGAAGUUACUACUUGGAGCCAGGGACUUAGGCUAAACUCCCACAGAGAUAGGGAGGCAAGGUACCAACCUCCUUAGCGCUCAUGUUUUAAAGCGAUAUCUCCAAGGCCUCCAAAAAAGGGACUGUUCUGGGGUAUAAAAGGGCUAGAGAUUUAUUCAGCUUUUUAAAAGAUUUACAUACAUCUCAAGGACACAGUAAAAGGAUUUACAAUGACAGGUUCUCUAAAGAAAAUGUUUUUGUUGUUUAUUUUUUUGAGACAGUCUUACUCUGUUGCCCAGAUUGGAGUGCAAUGGUGCAAUCUUGGCUGACUGCGACCUCCACCUACUGGGUCCGAGUGAUUCUCCUCCCUCAGCCUCUUGAGUAACUAGGAUUACAGGCAUGAGCCACCACACCUGGCUAAUUUUUUUGUAUUUUUAGUAGAGAUGGGGUUUCACCAUGUUGGCCAGGCUAGUCUCAAACUCCCAGCCUCAAGAGAUCCUCCUGCUUUGGCCUCCGAAAGUCUGGGGAUUACAGGAAUUGAGCCACUGCUCCCACCCUAAAGGAAAUGUUUUCUUUUUUAAUUAUAUAUAUAUAUAUUUUAAAGACGGGGUUUCACCAUGUUGGUCAGGCUGAUCUUGAACUCCCAACCUCAGGCGAUCCACCCACCUUGGCCUUCAAAGUGCUUGGAUUACAGGGAUGAGCCACCGCUCCCGGCCAGGAAAUGUUUUAAGAAAAAAAGUGGGUAAGUUCUCUGUUCCUUUUGGCAUCAGGGAAAAUUAAAUUUAAAAUUUUUUUUAGAUACGUAUAUAUCUAAAUAUGUAAAUAUCUAAACGUGGCUUAGCACUAUGAAAUAGGUUCUGUGGUUUGUCUUCAAGGCUCUUUUAUGUGGUACUUUCCAAAUUUUUUGUUUUCCUUUUUGUGGAGAACGGGGUCUCGCUAUAUUGCCCAGGCAGGUCUCGAACUCCUUGGCUCAAGCUAUCCUCCUGCCUCUGCCUCCCUAAGAGCUGGGAUUACAGGCAUGAGCCACAGCGCCUGGCUCCAGAUCUUUAUAACAUAAAAUUUAGGUUAGAGUCUACCCACGACUGGACUUCUCAAAAGAAAUUAUAAGCCGGGCACAGUGGAUCACGCCGGUAAUCCCAGCACUUUGGCCAUUCCAGGCAGAUCACUUAGGUCAGGAGUUUGAAACCAGCCUGGCCAACAUGGUGAAAUCCCAUCUCUACUAAAAAUACAAAAAUUAGACAGGCUUGGUAGCUGGCACCUGUAAACCCAGCUACUCGGGAGGCUGAGGCAGGAGAAUCACUUGAACCCAGGAGGUGGAGGUUGCAGUGAGCCAAGAUUGCACCACUGAACUCUAGCCUGGGCGACAGAACAAGACUCCAUCUCAAAUAAAUAAAUGAAAGGAAGAAAAGGAAGGAAGGAAUUAUAAAAUUAUUUCUUGUUACCUAAUAGCUCUAGUUCCCCUCUAGUAUUACAGAUUUUGACCUCACAUUUUAAUCCUGAAAACAACCAUGGGGCUAACACAGUCCUGAAGGACAGUGAUGGACCUUCUCCCGCUCCCUACACCUGAAUAGUAAACGAUAUGUUUUUCUGUUUUUCCACUGAGAGACAUGAGUGCCUCAGAUUAAUAUUCAUGCCGAUAUUUGUUAAUAUUUGAUGAUAAACCUAAUAUUUUCCCAAAUUGGACUAACAAAAUUUCAUCAGAAACCAUUCUAACACCAUGUCAUUGCAUUUGCCUGGCUCACCAUUAUGUAAAAAAAAACCAAAAUGUAAAUGAUUCACCUGAGACCAUGGUGAUUUACAUGUGUAGUGAAUGGUUUUGUUCAAAACCCUUUAGCAUUUAGCAAAGAGUGGUUAUGUUCUAUGACAGAACAUAGGGAUAGCCCUGUUGUUUUCAACUCUUAUAAUUGACAAAAAGAAUUUGUAAAACAUAAAGGAAAUCAACAAAUUUGCAGUAUAGAUCUAUAUUUUGCAAAAUGAGUUUUAGCCCAUUAAAUACCAGGUUUUUCAUGAUUUAAAUGGGAAUAGCUGUAAAUAAGAUAGUGCCAGAACACUCAUAUACAGUUAAAAGAAGCAUGAUAUAGGCCGGGCGCGGUGGCUCAAGCCUGUAAUCCCAGCACUUUGGGAGGCUGAGGCGGGUGGAUCACGAGAUCAAGAGAUCGAGACCAUCCUGGUCAACAUGGUGAAACCCCGUCUCUACUAAAAAUACAAAAAAUUAGCUGGGCAUGGUGGCGCGUGCCUGUAAUCCCGGCUACUCAGGAGGCUGAGGCAGGAGAAUUGCCUGAACCCGGGAGGCGGAGGUUGCAGUGAGCAAGAUCGCGCCAUUGCACUCCAGCCUGGGCAACAAGAGCGAAACUCCGUCUGAAAAAAAAAAAAAAAAAGAAGCAUGAUAUAAGUCAUAAUUCAAUUAAGAUGGUUUACAUUUACUUCUCUAUCCGAAAUUGUGAGAAAAUCAAACUGUCUUUUUCCAGCUGCCUAUUGCUGGCAAAUGGAUUGGAACUUGAUUUAUUGGAAAAGAAGCUGCAGUAUGUAAUUGUCUUAAAACUUAUAACAUUAUAACUUCCUGAAUUUUAGAAGAGAAAUAAUUUGUAUUAACAAGGCUUUUCUGUAGGAGCUGCUUCCUUAAGUUAGGUUGUGUAGUUUCAGUAGUUGAUUCUGAAAGCCAGACACAUAUUGAUGGAUAGGAGUACUUGUUUUAUUCUACAUUUUAAAGAGUCAUCAGUACAGUUGUAUAAUUCCUGAUCUCUAUCAUGUGGCAAACACAAUACAGUCACAAGACUCCCACUGUCAACUGUGAUAAUCAGGGCACAACCAUUGUAGAGAAAAUCUGUGAGUGGGAAAAAAUCCUGAUUCCUGACUUCUCUCAUUGGGAGGGAUAGCCUGUGGAAAUGACUGGCUGUUCGUUGGUUAGGGAGAUGCCAAAUGAAUCACAGUAUAGACGGGUAAGGUGGUCUUGGAGAAGAGGACUGCUUGAGAGAUGCUGGCUAAAGGGAGUUGCCUUGAGUUGCACAGCAGUCAGAUCAAACCAGGGGAAAGGCCUGAAGUGAAAAAAAAUAUAUUGUUACUUUUUUAUGUCUGUUCAGUAUAUCUGAUUUGGCUGUUAAACACAUCUUUUAAAGAAAGUUUUCCUCAUAACCUUUUCAUAAACUAGAAAUAUUCAUGCCUUUUCGUAAACUAGAAAUUCAGUUAGAACUAUUCAAUGUGUAGAGUUAAGUGUACCUAAUGGUGAUUUUUCACACUUACAUACAUUUCUCUAAGUGCAUUUGGAGAGGCAUUCAUUAGAGAAUUAUUAUAAUAUUGAUGUUGAUACCCUUUGCAGAAUAUUUUUCUUGAAUUUAGAAAGAACAUAAAUUAAGCAAGGAAGAAGUCUAAUUGCUUUUAAGAUACCCUCUCUAGUUGGCUGGGUGCAGUGGCUCGUGCCUAUAAUCUAGCACUUUGGGAGGCCAAGGCAGCAGGAUCACUUGAAGCCAGGAGCUUGAGACCAGCCUGGACAAUAUAGUGACACUCCAUCUCUACAAAUUAAAAAAAAAUAAUAAGCUGGGUGUGGUGGGGCACACCUGUAGUCCCAGCUACUCAGGAGCCUUAAGGUGGGAGAUUGCUUGAGUCCAGCAGGUCAAGGCUGCAAUGAGCUGUGAUCACUAGCCUGGCCUACAGAGUGAGACCCCCAUCUCUAAAAAAAGAGAGAGAGAGGGAGGAAAGUUAAUAUGCAAAUGAAUACCAACAGGACAACGAUAAAUAGUCUGUAGUGUAAUUCAAGUUAAAAAGCCUUAAAACAUAGAAUUUCCAUAUUUUUCAAAAGAUCAGCAGAGCCAGGCAUGAUGGUACCCACCUAUAGUCCCAGUUGCUCAGGAGGCUGAGAAAAGAGGAUUGCUUGAGCCCAGGAGUUCAAAGUCAGCCUGGGCAACAUAGCAAGACCCUGUCUCUUAAAAAAAAAUCAUUUUCCUCCCCGGCUGUCUAAGGAUAGGAGGAUAGGCCGCCAUCAUGAACAACACAGUAACUAUCCACACUAGAAAGUUCAUGACCAACUGACUACUUCAGAGGAAACAAAUGGUCAUUGAUGUCCUUCACCUCGGGAAGGCACCAGUGCCUAAGAUAGAAAUUCGGGAAAAACUAGCCAAAAUGUACAAGACCACACUGGAUGUCAUCUUUGUAUUUGGAUUCAGAACUCACUUUGGUGGUGGCAAGACAACUGGCUUUGGCAUGAUUUAUGAUUCCCUGGAUUAUGCAAAGAAAAAUGAACCCAAACAUAGACUUGCAAGACAUGGCCUGUAGGAGAAGAAAAAGACCUCAAGAAAGCAGUGAAAGGAACGCGAGAACAGAAUGAAGAAAGUCAGGGGGACUGCAAAGGCCAAUGUUGGUGCUGGCAAAAAGCCGAAGGAGUAAAGGUGCUGCAAUGAUGUUAUCUAUGGCCGUUGUGGAUUUUUCACAAGAAGCUUAAUAAACCAAAAACUU